AUCAAGUCUCCCCUGUUCCCACCAAAACAAAAGAUUCAAACUUUUCCCGGCUAAAACCCUCAAACUAUGAGCAGCGACGGCGUGGCCGGCGGCGGGGAAGAUGAGAGGAAGUACAAAGGAGUCCGGCGCCGGAAAUGGGGGAAAUGGGUGUCGGAGAUUCGGGUCCCGGGGACCCAGGAACGGCUCUGGCUCGGAUCCUACUCUUCCCCUGAAGCUGCAGCGGUGGCGCACGACAUUGCUUCAUACUGCCUCAGAGGGUGUUCGUCGCAGAAGGGAUUCAAUUUCCCGCUGACGUCACUUCCGGCGAGCGUCCGGCCGGACAUGUCGCCGAAGUCCGUGCAGAUGGCGGCUUCAGAUGCAGGGAUGGCCGUGGAUGCGCGGAUGAUACUGCGGAAUUCGUCAUCCCCGCCGAGGCCCGCCCCGGAGACGUCGUCAGAGAUGUCCUGGGGCGGCCGUGGCGGGAGUUGGGAAGGGGACGGAAUGGGAGCCGGAAGUUCGGCCGGAGGCGAUGGACUGAAUUUAUCGGUAGAAGACUAUUUCUGAGAAAGUAAGUGGUAGCUCUCCGAUCAGAAAUUGGGAGGCGCCAAAGGAGAAAGGGAUUAGAAAUUAUACAUUAAUUAUUGGUGUAUUUUGCGGCAAAUUGCCAAAUAAUUUUCUCCGGCCGGAAAAAAAACUUGCCGGCUAUUUGGCUAAUGUUCGAGUCGCCGACUUGCCGGCUCUAAUUAAAGAGACGGACGUGGAUGGUAAUUAUUAAUUCAGAUGCUAUAGUGGAUUUUCUAUUGCACGUUUAUCCAUUCAUCACCACGUGUUGGACCGUGCUUGCAAUGGUUCCUUCCAGAUCCUACCAAAUUCGUGAUAACUUCGACUUAAUAGCGAAAAAUAUUUUAGGACUAAAAAAGGAUCGUCAUU